ACACCUUCUCUACGUGGAACGAAUGAACGGGGCUAUAAAUAAUACCUAACGCCUACAAGCCUCUCUCGUGAGCCCUCACAGAGAAAGCAUUGGGGAGUAGAAGUAGAAGCUUCACUUCACUCUGUUCAGUUCUUAUUGUUGCAUAGAUAAUUUGUCUCUAUUUUUGUUAUUUUCUUUCUCUCUCCUCUUUGUGCAUUUUAAUAGCAACUCUUAGUUUCCAAUGUCCAAGAUGUUGGGAGUGUUUGUGGGACUUUUGCUGUUGGUGGGGUUGGCUGCCUCUGCCAAGUUUGAUGAACUCUUCCAGCCCAGUUGGGCUAUGGACCAUUUCAUCCAUGAAGGAGAACUUCUCAAACUCAAACUUGAUAACUAUUCUGGUGCUGGAUUUGGAUCUAAGAGCAAAUAUAUGUUUGGGAAAGUGACCAUCCAGCUCAAGCUUGUGGAGGGUGACUCUGCUGGAACUGUCACUGCUUUCUAUAUGUCAUCAGACGGCCCAACUCACAACGAAUUUGAUUUCGAGUUUUUGGGCAACACCACUGGUGAACCUUACUCAGUCCAAACCAACGUGUAUGUGAAUGGCGUUGGCAACAGGGAGCAAAGACUCAACCUCUGGUUCGACCCCACCAAGGACUUCCACACCUACUCCAUCUUCUGGAACCAGCGCCAAGUUGUUUUCCUGGUGGAUGAGACGCCAAUAAGGGUGCACACGAACCUGGAACACAAGGGCAUUCCCUUCCCGAAGGACCAAGCCAUGGGCGUGUACAGCUCUAUCUGGAACGCGGACGAUUGGGCCACGCAGGGUGGUCGUGUGAAGACAGAUUGGAGCCACGCACCCUUCGUUGCCACCUACAAGGACUUCCAAAUCGACGCGUGCGCGUGCCCCGUGCCGGUGACGUCAGCAGAUAGUGCUAAGAACUGUAGCAGCAGCGAGGAUAAGAAGUAUUGGUGGGACGAACCAACGUUGUCCGAACUGAACUUGCACCAGAGCCACCAGCUCAUGUGGGUUAGGGCUAACCAUAUGGUUUAUGAUUAUUGCGCCGACACUGCUAGGUUCCCCGUUAUACCUGCUGAGUGUGUUCACCACCGUCACCACUGAAAGGGAGAAGAGAAGAGGAAGAGAACGAACUACUUUUGUUUAACAUAACAUAUCCUUCAUGUUUCACCUUGUAACAUAUUUCGCCUUAGCUUUAUGUGAAUUCUUUUAUUUCCUUGUUUAAUCAUUAGUACCAUCCAAUUUUAUUCUUUUUGUUUUUUAA